GCCGCUGGCGGCGGGGCGAGGCGGCCCCGGCCGCGGCCGCGGAGCGGGGCGGAGCAGCGGGACUGGGACGGGACGGGACGGGGCGAGCAGGCGGCGGUGCGGGGCUCGCCGGGGGCCCGGGGGCUGAGCAGCUCCGCCGAGCCGCCGCGGAGGGAUGCGGAGGAGCCGGGCGCCCCGGCGGCUGGCGCUGGCCGCCUGCCUCGGCUCGCUGGUGCUGGGCGUCUUCUACUUGCAGAGCAGCCUCAAGCCAGCUGCAGAAGACGGGGCCAUGAGGACGGCCUGGCAGGGGAAGGCAGGUCGCAGCCCGCUCCAGGCCCUGUACGAGAGUGACCAGCUGGAGCAGUCAUCACUGCAGGCAGUUCACCAGCAGAGACGCGAGCUGUUGAGCAACGUCUGCAGCCGUUACACCCGCAAGCGACGUCUCCUGCGGCCGGAUGACUUGCGGCACUUGGUGGUGGAUGACACGCACGGGCUGCUCUACUGCUACGUGCCCAAAGUGGCUUGCACUAACUGGAAGCGGGUGAUGAUGGUCCUGACGGGGCAAGGCAAGUACCGGGACCCUUUGGAAAUCCCUGCCAACGAGGCCCACGUCUCAUCCAACCUGCGCACCCUCUCCGAAUACAGCAUCCCCGAGAUCAACCACCGCCUGCGCAGCUACCUCAAGUUCAUCUUCGUGCGGGAGCCCUUCGAGCGCCUGGUCUCGGCGUACCGCAACAAGUUCACCCGCAGCUACAACACGGCCUUCCACAAGCGCUACGGGACCAAGAUCAUCCGGCGGCACCGGCAGGAGCCCAGCGACAGGGCGCUGGAGCGCGGGGACGACGUGCGCUUCGAGGAGUUCGUCUACUACCUGCUGGAUCCACGGACGCAGCGGGAGGAGCCCUUCAAUGAGCACUGGGAGCGGGUGCACUCACUCUGCCACCCCUGCAUUGUCCACUACGACGUGGUGGGCAAGUACGAGACCUUGGUUGAAGAUGCCAACUACAUCCUCCAGCUGGUGGGGGCCGACACGAGCGUCAAGUUCCCGUCCUCGUCCAAGACCACGAGGACGACAGACGACAUGACAGCCCAGUUCUUCCAGGACAUUAGCCCCUUCUACCAAAGGAGACUCUUUAAUUUAUACAAAAUGGACUACUUGCUGUUCAAUUACUCCAUCCCCUCUUACCUCCGCAUCCGAUGAGGCAGGGGCUGGGGGGGGGAGGUGGGAGAGAGCUGGGUAACUCUCGUUUUACCACAAGUCCUCUCCUCCCACCCUGAGCUCAUCUGUUGGUUCACUUCUUGCCGUGCCCUCUCCGUUACGGUCUGCUCCACAUCCUGAUGCCUCAUUCAGGCAGGGUCUGGAAGGAGGAGGCCUCGCAAAACACUGGGGCAGGAGCUUUCCUUCCCUUUCAUCUCCAACAGGAGAUGUUGGGGGGGACAGCACAGGAGGCUGCUGGCUUUGAGGGCUUGCCUUGUCAGGACUUUUUACUAAGGGACUCCUCUGUAGGUCCAGUUUUGGGAAGGCUCUUUUUUCGGGCAGGAUCCCUUUGGGUCUUUCUCCUCCUCACUGGGCAUGGACUUGGGGGACAGGAUGGCGUGUGUCAGAGACUUGCAUAGGACCAGAAAUAAAGCAAUAAUUUAAUGUAAGUUUUUCCAUUUCUUUCAAA